GUUGUGACGUUUUUAAAUAUAACAGAAAAUACAUUAACAAACAUUCUUUACUGAGGACAUUUUUUAUUUUUUUUCUUAUUUUGAAAGAUACAUGACGUCCAUUAAAAUGGACAUUGGGUCUUAACCUAUACAAAAAUGCCUAAUGUAUAAGUUAUUUAGAUGGUUAAAAAUACAUUUAAAAUUAAAACUUAAACUUAUAAGAACAUAGAAAAUAAACGUAAACUUAAAUUUAUCUGUUAUGGAACUCUAUAAAGCAGUUUCUGUAGCCAGUUAUGCAUAAGAAUGUGUUACAUCUAUUACAAAAAAACUUCGUUUUUUUAGUACAACUGUCAUUUUUACAUCGAACCGAAUUUCUUAAAUCUGAGGCAAUUUCUGGGUAAUGUUCUUUCCGCUUUCUUUCGGUGCCUGCUGAUGGUGAAUCAACAAUGAUAUUACCCUCAGGAUUUCUUCGAGUUCCUAUACCUCGUAUAUUUUCUUGGAAAAUGUUGGAUUCAUUUUUCAAAAGCUACGACACCUCAGAAACUUUGGUAUCCCAAAAUGCUGAUAUACUGAACUGUGACUUCACAAUUCACCCACAGUGGCUCUUGGAUAAACCCAGUGCUAAUCCAGACAACUGGUAUGAUACCAACAACUUAUCAAUGAGCCUACUUGAAAGAAGUCAACUUGAAACUGAUAGCCUGGGCCAAACAUCUACAGAAAACAGUAUAACAGAUGAAAGUGGAUGGACAGAAAAAGAAAAAAAUUUGCUUGAAAGAGGCAUUGAUAUAUUUGGAAAAAGUAAUGUACGCCUGGCUCAGUUUAUAGGCUCUAAAACACCUUCUGAAGUUAGGUAUUACUUGAAAAAUUUUUAUCUUGAAAAUCAUAGCCAUGAUGAUAAAUGUCUCAAUGAUGGUUUUACUGGAGAUAUUUGUACUGCCCAGCUGGCUGAUGAUGUCCUAGAUGAUACUCAAAUUCCAGCUAGUAUGGAAGAAGUGAUAGCAGCAGUGAGUACAGCAAAGCCAACAAUCCCCUUUAAAAAUAAUCAACCUAAAAAGGAAAAUUAUUACCAGACACAUUUUCAAGCUGCAUCUUCCAGGCUCAAAGCUAAGUCACCAUUAGAGUCUGCAAUCAAGAUAAAGAAGAGAGUAAAGGAUAUGAAAAUGAAGAAUAAAGCUCAGAAAAUCAAGUACAAAUUCAGACAGGAAAACAAGAAUAUGAAAUUAAUUCUGAUGGAACAUAAACCUGCAAUAAGCAAUAUUGAAAUUGAUAAGAGGAGAGAUCCAGUUAUCCCUUUGUGUGAUGGAGAAGAAAUUGUAAAACUGAAAAAAGCAGAUGAUUCUGACUCAGAUGUGGAAGUAGAUGUGGAGAUGUCAGACGAAGAGUCAUCACCGAAACCAACAAAGUCUGCAGCAGAAGAAGUGGCAAGUAAUACUGCAAUAGAAAACAACACACCCAUCAAUCAUGAUUCACCAUCAAGUUCUCCUGGUUCAAUUCUUGCUACAUCAACACUAAACAGAAUUGAUUUCACACAACUGAACGAGAAUACCACAAAGCAGUUGACAUCAUUGGAUAAACCAGAUAUGGAACUAACAGUGGAUGAAAAUAGUAUAAGCCAUCUUGAAAAGGUUAUUCAUAAUGAUUACUUUCAAGGAAAAACCAAAACACCAGAAAGGUAUAUGUGUGUAAGUAUUUUACAAAAAAACGUUAAGACAUUGGAGAAACUAAUUCAAAUAGCGGACGAUGUACACGUCUGAGCGCGCUGCUCAAACAAUUCCAAAGUUAAUGCGAAGUUUGUGUCGUAUAGAAAUUGCGAAACACUCUUCCACAAUCGCCGUGUGGUAGUGAAAGACGAUAUCCUAAGAAUUUUAUUGAAAUGAGAUAAUUUACAAUGGUUUUGUGACUCUUGCAAGGUUAAAUUAGAAAGGCCCUCCUCCAAUCAGAGCUGUGGCAAAUUGACUACUUGUGAAUCAUCUGAGUUAUCCAUCUGUACGAAAGAAAUCAAAAAGGUCUGAUGCAAAAUUAGUAAAUGAAUUGGAAUAUUCAAACACACUAUUAAAAUCAAAAUUAUCCCAUAAUAAUAUUCCUGCUGGCAGAAAUACUGUUGCCUGCGAAGGUGAACCACUUUUUGCGCACAAGGAUGUUUUUACAUCCACCUACAGUGAUAGGCUAAAAAACUUGUAAACAAUAUUGAAUCAUCUGUAUUGUUAUUAAAAACAGCAAACAACAAACAGAAUCCGAUGUAGUCAAAUGCUUUACGGAUUCAGUCAAUGCAGUCGAAGUAAGCGUGCACAAGUGGUACAAAAAAAAGAUAGUGUAGCUGUAUAUUACAACAGCUACCAGGACACUGAAGGGAACUCUUAAAAACAAGCUUGAUAAUGGCUAUCACAUUGGGGAAGCCAAGAAAUUUAAUCGUCGUGUGAUAAUAAAAGAUGUUGCAUCCAGUGAUGAUGGGCGAUAAUAACAGUAUGGUUCAAAACAUAUCGUCUUUAAAUAACUUGAACGAUGACGAUGCUCCAACAUCGAUGAAAGUAGUCACAAAGUUAAGGCUGAGGGAUUCAAAAAAUAUGCACAUAGUCCCAGAAGUAUCUCCAUCCAUUAUAAAGCUUCUACUAGCAAAAAGUUUCGUCUAUAUAGGAUGGAAGAGGAGCAGUGCACCUAACCACCUCAAUAUUAUGCAGUGCUGAAAAUACUGUUCAUUUGGUCAUCUUGAAAAAAAACUGUGCAUCUAAUGUAUCUACUUGUCUUAAGUGUUCUAGUGUAAAGUAAAAGGUGUGAUAAUGAUUUUGGGAAAUGUGGAAACUAUGUACAGAAUAAUCGCAUAUAUCACACAAAAAUAAAUGUUGAGCUUGCUGCAUCUGAUAAAGCCUGUCCACUUUUGAAAACUACGUUCUCAGUCUUGCUAGAAUGGAUUAUGGAUAAGUCAAAAUCAAUAAAGCUUGGUCAUCUGAACGUGCGUCUCUCAUGUCCGACUUUGCUGCAAUUAUUGACUUCAUUCAGACUGUGCGGUUCGAUAUUUUCGCUGCAAUUGAAGCAUGGUUAAGUCAAGACAUUACCAAUGAUGUGGCGAGUAGCAACAAUUACAAUUUUUUUUCCGUAGUGACCGGGGAUCCCGCAUUGACGGUAUAGGAAUCCAUGUAUCCACUGAAAUUAUUAACUUUGACAACAACUCUGGAAAUUGCUUUGAACAACUAAGACUCAGCAUAAAAGUAAGCAGUAAGUCUUGCUUAUGGGCGUGUUGUAUAGACCGCCCUCGCAAAACCGCAAUUAUUGGAUCAGGAUGCUAGAUCUUAUGUUAUCAUUAAUGACGAACAAU